GUCUAUUUCUCUGAGCAUUUCUGCGUAUCAUGGCCGCACCCCCUCCACCUCCCGGAAUCUUCAGGCCUCCCGGCCCACACCACUCUAUAGCGACCCUCGUCCUCAUCGAGAACUCGGAGGAGAUGUACCCGCGCUGGAACGAUCUUCGAGAUCAAUAUCUUCCUACUCUACUGGGAACCAUGAGAAUGAUAAACCCCGUCGUCCCAAUUCAAGUGUUAUGGCUGACGAGCUGUCCCGCACCUACUUCCGGCGAAAUGUCCUCCACACCUCAGAACAGCUCGAGGCAGUUCAAUCAGCUUCCGGAGCUGCGCUUCAACCCGCAGCCGAACAACCGCAUAUCGCUGGGAACACUGCAUCGUGGCAUUGACCUCCUCGCAUCGACCUAUCAAAAGGUUCCUACCACUCGUCAUCUGUUCGUUGUCGCAGCCUCGAGCCCUUCAGAUGAUGUAGAUAGCCCCUCAACCAUUUCGGGCACUUCGGAGGCCCGUUCCGCAUGGAAGUUUCUCGCGGAGAAAUUGCAUCGAGAAGACAUCCACCUGCACAUGAUCCUCAACCCCAAGAGCAACACAACCGUGUUCGUUGACUUAUUCUACGAAACCUUGCGUCUGCAAGAGCGCCAGGAAACGCCUCUUUGGUUCAAGGUCGAUCAUCAAAAAUAUUUUUUUUACCUCUCGAGGGAUACCGAAGAUGAUGGCGUGAUUGGUGUACCUGGGCAGUCAAUGGACCUAAUCACGAGUCAAAACUUCCAGCCAUGUGCAGCGAACCCUGAUUACUACUCAUCUGCGCCCCCCAGGAUUCCUCUCCCACGAAACAACAGCUUCCCCCCAGCAGCACAAUCCUUUCGUCAUGCCGGCAGACCAUACGGAUCGCUUCGGCCUGAACCCGAAGAGACAAAGCCAACCCUUGUGAAGCACCUGCAGAAGAUCCACGGCCUCACGAAAAAACGCACCUAUGGACUCCAGCCAACCCGUCAACCUUUCGUUCGCGACGAAAGUCCAGAAAAUCCUUAUUCGAAGAACCCUAACCCUAAUGGCGAUGCCCCAAGCUCUUCCCCGACAUACACCUCCCCGCCACGCCCUCUGAUGCAAUCUCGCCGCAGUAGUGGCGUAACGAAAAGAAAGAACUCGGAUGCGCAGCGACGAGCUAAGCAGUCUCCACCGCUUUUCACCACGACUGUUCGUGAUCCUCGGGUAUCGUCUCCCGACUCCGACUCUUCCACUUCCUCGCCAACAUCUGUAUCACCGCUAAGCGCUAUCUCGCCUGUCAUCGCGGUCCCCAUGCACGUCGAUUACCAUUCAGCCAUGGCGAGUUUAGGCCUCAAGGGGGGUGUGGACCAACUCCAGGCGUUGCCGCCUUCUUCAGGAGACAUGACUCCUGAAGUCGUCUAUCCCUCUGCUCCGCUUACGGACACCGUCACUCCGAUCUGGCACGAUGAAAAGCCUUCACUGACCUCGCUCGGGGUGAACGCUAUGGAUGUCGGCAUACCUCCGGACCCAGUGGUUCUCGGGCAUAUCAGCCAUAACAGAAACUACGACGAAAACUUGACGAGUGCGCCGAACCAUGUCAAUGAUGAUGCGCAACGGCACCCAAGACAGGCUACCAUGGUGUCGUCUCAAAACUCUCCUGACGAAGUCCCUCUACCGCCGCCAGACUUCCCGCCUCCUAAUCGGCCCCCGUAUCCGGCGACCGCGUAUCCAUCUACGAGAGAUUCGUUCAGUCGUCCCCAACUGCAACUCGCUCCGAACCUCCUCGCUACCCCCCCUCCCCCGCAGGUCCAGACCUCACCUAUGUCCUUGCAUUCCAACCCGCAUACACAGCCCCUUGAUGACGGCGACAAACCGUUCAUCUUUUAUCCCGAAUACGAGCGAUCAAUGUCGGCUGGUGAAUUCCACAGCUCGCCUGCAGUUGACUAUCAAGCAGCGCAGCCGUACCCACCUCCGCCUCAACCUCCCCCGUCUCAUGAUGGCUAUCCGGCCUCUUGGUCCGCGCCGCAGUCCACAGACUAUUCCCACAUACUGAAUCCCGCGGUCUCGCCUGGCAUGCUAAGGAGUAUUCCGCUCUCGCAUCCCCCGGCGCAAGUCUAUGGAUACCAAUACGGUGUCGGCGGGCCUUCCGCAGCAUAUAUGAAUUUCGGACCUAUGCAGCAACCAGCGGUGCAGACCUGGACAGGUUAUUCAUAGUGGUAGGCCCGCAACGGUUGUACGUUUCCCUUCUUCUUUUCGUUAUCAGUUUGCGCUAUCGUGCUCUGACAGUUUGCUUCUCCCUGUUAUUUUUUUCUUUGCAUAAAUGCUAACGUGAUCUGUCCCUCCGUCGACGUCAUGUACUCGCGACUGCUAGACUCUUUUCUUCUCGUUGUCAUUUUAUGUAUUUCGAUACUCAUCUCUGACUUCACAUCUCGCAUGCUUAGCGCCCGCGGCGUGAGCACUCACGCCUAUUCUUGUUCUGUAGCAAGCGUUCAUGGACCCCUGUUAGUUCUUUAUCUGUGUAUGCUAGGUGCUUUUUGGGUCCAUUCUUGGUGUCUUCGCUGUACGGUACGCCUACGUUUGGUUUUGGGACUUUGUAGGCUACUGUAUAUCCCCAAUGUCACAUUUGUCGUUUGCUGACGUC